UCGAAUUCAAAGUGACUGAAUUAUCAAAAGAGUUUCUUCUGAUGCUUUAAUUAAACACUGACACUCAAACUCCCACAAUUACUAAUUACUUCUGCAGCAAAACAAACAAACAAACAAACAACCUCUAGAGAUUCAGAUAGAUAGACACUGUUGGAUGGAGAGUGAGUGAGUAAGAGAGAGAGAGAGAGAGAGAGAGGGAGGGAAUCAGGAGGGUGAGACACAUCUUCUUCUUCUUCUUCAUCAUCAUCAUCAUCUUCAUCUCGUCCUCCUGCAGGAUCUCCUCGCGGACACUGAUGAUGCAGUGAUGAUGUGAGUCUGACCAGCUCUGCAGAUCCACCAUCAUCCGCCGUUCGCCAGCGGAGGGAAUUCGGUCUUUUCCCGGGAAUGUUGCGGGCGUUUGCUGAUGUGUGAUGACGGAACCGAGAUGUCGCUCGCACCUUAAAUCACUUUCCACACAGCUGAAAGUGAGCGCUGUCCUCAGCCGAUCGGUUUUCCUGCUCUUCGCCUUCAGCCUCGGCCUGGUCUGUGAGGAGCAGUCAUGACCAAAUCAUACGAGUUCAACUGGCAGAAACGCGUUCCUGAAUUCCUGCAGGAAGGAGCCGCGUUUGACCGAUUCGAUGAGGAUCCCUUCGUCUUCGAGCCCAGCUGCCAUUUCAAAGUCGACGAGUUCGGCUUCUUCCUCACGUGGAAAAGUGACGGAAAGGAAGGUCAGCUGCUGGAAUGUUCUCUGAUCAACAGCAUCCGUCCUGGAGUUGUGCCGAAGGACUCAAAGAUCCUUGCGUGUCUGGAAGCCGCCGGGAAGAACGAGGCGGAUCUGGACGGUCGCAUCAUCUGCGUGUGCAGCGGCCCGGACCUGGUCAACCUCAGCUUCAUGUACAUGGUGACCGACAACACGGACACCGCCAAGAAAUGGAUGGAAGGCCUGAAAUCCGUGAUUCACAACUUCAAGGCGAAUAACGUGUGUCCGAUGACGUGCCUGAAGAAACAUUGGAUGAGACUCUCCUUCCUCACGAACAUCAACGGUAAAAUCCCCGUUCGAGGAAUAACCCGGACGUUCGGCUCGGGGAAAACGGAGAAGGGAAUCUUCCAGGCGCUGAAGGAACUCGGUCUGCCCAGCGGGAAGAAUGAUGAGAUCGAGCAUUCGGCCUUCACCUUCGACAUCUUCUACGCUCUCACGCAGAAAAUCUGCCCUCGCACGGACAUCGAGGAGCUUUUCAAGAAGAUCAACGGAGACAAAAGUGAUUAUUUAACCGUAGAGCAGUUAGUCAGCUUUCUGAAUGAAAACCAGCGGGACCCUCGACUCAACGAGAUCCUCUUUCCGUUUUAUGAAGCCAAACGAGUCACGCAGAUCAUUGAGAAGUACGAGAGAGACGCUGACUUGAAAAAGAAAGGUCGCAUGUCCUCCGACGGAUUCUGCCGGUACCUGAUGUCGGAUGAGAACGCGCCGAUGUUCCUGGACCGUCUGGAUCUGUGUCAGGAGAUGGAUCAGCCGCUGGCUCAUUACUUCAUCAGCUCGUCACACAACACGUACCUGACCGGCCGGCAGUUCGGCGGGAAGUCUUCGGUGGAGAUGUACCGGCAGGUGCUGCUGUCCGGCUGCAGGUGUGUGGAGCUGGACUGCUGGGAUGGUAAAGGCGAGGAUCAGGAGCCCAUCAUCACUCAUGGGAAGGCCAUGUGCACCGACAUCCUGUUCAAGGAUGUAAUUCAAGCCAUAAAGGAAACGGCGUUUGUAACGUCUGACUAUCCUGUUAUUCUGUCCUUUGAGAAUCACUGCAGUAAACCGCAGCAGUAUAAGAUGGCCCGGUAUUGCGAGGAGAUCUUCGGGGAUCUGUUGCUCAAGCAUCCGCUGGAGGGAUUCCCAAUCGAAGCCGGUCAGCAGCUGCCGUCGCCCAACGACCUCAAACGCAAGAUCCUCAUCAAGAACAAGCGCUUAAAGCCGGAGGUGGAGCAGAAGCAGCUGGAGUCGUUCAAGAAGCACAUGGAGGCUGGAGAGAUGAGCAUACAAGCUGGAGAAGAUGAGAACGAUGAAGAUCUGGACAGCGCUCUGGACAGUAAAGAUCUGAACUCAGACGUGAAGACCAGCAUCACUCAGUCGCUGUCGGAGGAUCCCGGCGAUCCGGACGCGCGGGACGGCAGCAUCAGGAAGAAGAUCCCGGACGAUGAUGUCACCGAGAUGUCAGAAGCCACAGAGGUCACUGACGCCACCGACGUGUCUGAAGUGUCCGACCUCGACAUAAAGAAGAAGGGUGUAGAAACGGCCGAAGACGCGGAUGCUGAACAGCAGCUCAUCGCCUCCUACAAGUAUGAAGGAGCGACGACCAACAUCCACCCGUAUCUGUCGGCCAUGGUCAACUACGCUCAACCCGUCAAGUUCCAGGGCUUCGAGGUCGCCGAGGAGAGGAACAUCCAUCACAACAUGUCGUCCUUCAACGAGUCUGUGGGUCUGGGUUACCUGAAGACUAACGCCAUCGAGUUCGUGAACUACAACAAGCGGCAGAUGAGCCGCAUCUACCCCAAAGGAGGCCGCGUGGACUCCAGCAAUUACAUGCCUCAGAUCUUCUGGAACGCCGGCUGCCAGAUGGUGUCUCUGAACUUCCAGACUCCAGAUCUGGGGAUGCAGCUGAACCAGGGCAAGUUCGAGUAUAACGGCGCAUGCGGGUACCUGCUGAAACCAGACUUCAUGCGCCGCGCCGACCGCAUGUUCGACCCGUUCUCUGAGACGCCAGUAGAUGGUGUGAUAGCAGCGACCUGCAGCGUACAGGUGUUCUCGGGUCAGUUCUUAUCGGAUAAGAAGAUCGGCACAUAUGUGGAGGUGGACAUGUACGGCCUUCCCACCGACACCAUCCGGAAAGAGUUCCGCACGCGCAUGGUGAUGAACAACGGUCUGAAUCCGUACUACAACGAGGAGCCGUUCGUCUUCAGAAAGGUGAUCCUGCCGGAUCUGGCCGUGCUGCGGAUCGCCGUAUACGACGACAACAACAAGCUGAUUGGUCAGCGGAUCCUGCCUCUGGACGGGCUGCAGGCGGGUUACAGACACAUCUCGCUGCGCAACGAGGGCAACAAACCGCUGUCGCUGCCCACCGUCUUCUGCAACAUCGUCCUCAAGACAUACGUGCCCGACGGCUUCGGCGCCAUCGUUGACGCUCUUUCUGAUCCAAAGAAGUUCCUCACCAUCGCAGAGAAACGCGCUGACCAGAUGCGAGCUCUCGGGAUCGACACGAGCGACAUCGCAGACGUGCCCAACGAAAACUGCAAGAGUGACAAGAAGGGUAAAGUGAGUCAGGUGAAGACCAACGUGACGCCGCAGAGCAGCUCGGAGGUGAACGCCACGCAGAACAACAUCACCGAGAGCAAACGCGAUAAUGCCAUUGUGAAUCAGGUGAACAUUGAGGAUUUGAAGCAGAUGAAGACCUUCAUUAAACUGAUGAAGAAGCAGCAGAAGGAACUGAACACGCUGAAGAAACGACACGCCAAGGAGCACAACGCCAUGCAGAAAUCUCACUGCACGCAGGUGGACAAACUGGUGGCUCAGCAUGACAAGGAGAAGUUCACGCUGGAGAAGCUGCUGGAGAAGGCCAUCAAGAAGAGAGGAGAGAACAACUGCUCCGAGCUGAAGAAGGAGACGGCGAUAAAGGUCGAGACGCUCACGACAGACCAUAAAGAAAAGGUGAAGGACAUAGUGGCGCAGCACACUAAAGAGUGGUCAGAGAUGAUCAACGGCCACAGCACAGAGGAACAGGAAAUGAAGGACGCCCAUGUGACGCAGCAGUGUGAGCUCUUGAGGAAGCUGCUGGCCAGCGUUCAGGAGCAGCAGACGCUGCAGCUCAAGCUCAUCCAUGAGCGGCAAAGCAAAGAGAUGAAGGCCAAUCAGGCCAAGACGUCCAUGGAGAACAGCAAAGCCAUCAGCCAGGACAAGAGCAUCAAAAACAAGGCGGAGCGCGAGAGGAGAGUUCGGGAGCUGAACAGCAGCAACACCAAAAAGUUCCUGGAGGAGAGAAAACGGCUGGCCAUGAAGCAGGCGAAGGAGCUGGAGCAGCUGCAGAAGAACCAGCGCGAGCAGCUGGAGAAACUGGAGAAGUUCAACGAGCAGAUCUGGAUGAAUGAAAGUGAAUCUGAUGGCGUUUCUGCUGUGAUUCUCCAGGCCAAAGACAUGCAGAAGAUGGUGAAGCUGGAGGAGGACAUGGACCGCAGACCAGCCACGGUGGUGUAAGCGCUCCGUCCGUCAGCUGAGAGCGCUGAAGGCGUCCGUCUGUCCCGUCGGGCUCCGUCUCCAUCCGUCUUACGCCUCGAGUCUCUGCAGUCUGUAGACCUUUAGCCCCGCCCACUCUCCCUACCUCAGCUCUAACCCCGCCCACAGCAGCUAACUCCUCCUCUGCAGCGGCCUCCAGCCAGUCCAGCUCGUGCUGUAGCUCCGCCCACGCACAGAAGCGGUGAAGACGGCGCCGGCGGGACAGACGCGUUUUUAUACAGUCCGCUGCGGCCCGUCCGUCCGUCACCAUCGGAGCUGCAGACGUCACGGGUCGACGACGACUCGAAAGCGAACUCGUAUCUUACCCGUAGCAGAGUCAGGCCAGCAGACGAAUCUGAUUAACAGACGUUUAGUUUAUGUCGUCAGCACAAUACCUGUGAACGAUGCGCUAGUUUAAUGUCCUGAGCACUUUACAUGUGAUAGGAUGUCCGAGGAUCUUCGACUAUGUAGCAGAGCACUAGCUUUCCUCAGUACAGUAAGAAUGUAGAGCGUCCGGAUUCACACGGGCGCCGUAGAUCUUCUGCUGUCCCGAGCUUUUAUCAUCUGUUCCUGUACGUUUUUAAGAUGCAGCUCAGACGCACGUGUCAUUUUAACCCAAACGUCGUUUUAUUUGAGGUGAAACUUUUUAACCAGGCUUUGAGAUGUAGAUGGUGCUCAACGAGUUUUCUUCGGUACGCGACGGACGGAUCCAGACUCGAUCUCGUAGCGUUGACGCUCGCGGGUUCUGAUCCGUGUGGAUUCGGACGCGUCGACGCAAACCAUUUCCUUUCCUCUGACACGACGCUGAACUUUGGUUCCACUUGUGUUCGUUGUUUUACUUUCAGGAGGUGUGAUCUAUCGGUACUCGUUCUAAAGGGAGGUGAUUGAUUGUAAAUCCCGCUCGAGGGAUUUCGGGAUCAUGUGUAUAUCGGUUGUCGUGAGUUUUCGUUCCCUUCUUUUUCUCGGCAUCAUGUUUUCAAGUGUUCGGCGGUGGCCACAUAUCUCGUGUGAAAGCAAAGUGCUUUAAAACUCCAUCGCUUACAAAUGUGCCACUAUAUGUCAUGUAGGACCUUUAAAUUAUUUUACAAUGAUAAAUGCCAAAAUAAGGGGUUAUUUAUAUAAAGAUACAUAUAUUAUAGUGGGUAGUUUAAGACUACGUUUGAUUUUUAGAAGCUUUUUGCACUAGCUGAAUGUUUUCUGUUGUGCGACUUCCACGUAGAUUUUUGCUCUAAAUUAUAGUUUGCGGGAAAAGCAGAUUAUUUUUGCAGAACUGUCGCUCUGAAUCUCACCUGUUUCUAUUCGUUUGUCUUUCUGUAGCUACUCAAUGGACCAUGCUGUGGGUGCUUUUGUAUUUAUAUAUAUAUAUAUAUAUCGUAUUUGUCAAACUUCUAGCAAUGAAAAUACUCAAAAAAUACUGUUGUUAUCCUGCUACUUUAAUACUGUUUUAUAGUAUGUGUACCAAUAAACUAUCCCAGGUGUUAAAUGAAAA